UUCGACACUGGAACUUAGCGAGCUCAAUUCCUGGAUUUUAUCUCUGGGUUUUUCUUUACACAGCGGCCUUGGACUUACCGAGGAAAUGGCUGCUGUGGAGACCACGUAGGGAUAUUUUCCGUUCUGUCUGUUUUUUGUAUUUUUAUUUUCGUCAUAAAGAGGAAGCACUCGUUGCAGCCGUUAGCCGAUGCUAGCGUUAACUCUCGUUCAGUUUUGCUGCCCUGCGGUUUUUGUGUUUUCGUUUUUGGAUGAAUUAACGCAGACCCUGUUGAGAAAGAGUACGGAGUGUUGACGGAGUCAAAUGAUGCACCAACAUCUAAAUAUUUCGUUACAAAACACUUAACGUUAUGCCAAAGUCGGAGGUGUCUCACUACUAGCAUGUUAGCGGUGUGGCUAGUACGUGUCAGGUGAUACUGAGCUCCGAGAGGAGAGAUAUUUCUCAAUUUAAGCAGAGAAACUGAUAAAAUAGAGUUAGGAUAAUUGUCGCGUCCCUUUUGAUUGGUUUAACAGUUGAUUCUGGCUAAAAUUUAGUCGUUCAGCUGUCACCGUUAGCGCUGUUUGUUACUACACGGUUUGUUUACAGUUCUAAAAUAUUCGCUCCCUAGUAACGUUGUGCUGUUAGAGCAUUUGCUGGACAUUUAUCUCUCUACUGUCUUAAUUUAGACUCUGUAUAUUGUCAAAGCUGCUUUAAGCAAGCUCACAUGCACAUGCUAACAUUAGAUGAAGUUGUUUUGGAUUAAAGCCAAAUCGGUCUGAGACGUUUGCUUUCUUUCAUUAAAAUGACUAUUGCUUCUUGAGGAUGCUCUGUGAUUUUUCUCCUCAAACUGUAGAGGUUGGCCACUGCCAUACAGGGGAAGUUGAGAAGAAUAGUAUGGCUGUUUAGGCCUGGACGAGAUGGCAGUAGGUUAAAUAGUUCAGAUUUAAAACUCUAAACCGUGUCAUAUCCACAUAUCUCUAUUUAGGGAACGGGGAAGGUUUACAGAUAACCAAGUUAGAAAUUGAAUUCUCAGGUCUCUGAAGCUGUAAACCAUAUUUACAGUAAAUACAGAAGCAUAGAGCGCCAAUGGAGACAUUACAACUGCCUGUCUUUGCCUAUAAUCUUAUAAAAGCUUGUGCAGUUGUCCAGUGACUUUAUACAUAUCUCUAAAGUUAGUUGAAAAUGAAACCUGAUUUCAGACAAAUGCCUUAGUUUCAUGCCACAGAUGGGUUAAAAUGACGGUAUACUAAAUAGCCUGUUGAUCUUAAAUAUGUCAUCAGAACAACUGAUUUAUUUAUGGAAUUGUGUUUGCGUAAAGUGCUGGAAAGUCGUAAAGAAACCAAACCAAGCAGUUUUGAUGAUUCCUCAGGAUGACUGUUUUCAUGUAGCCCUUGGGUCACAGUUGUGCCAAAAACUCUUGAUGAACUGCACUACAAACAAGGGACUGCUGGAGCAGCAUGCAAACAAACAGUUGAUACUGAAAAAACAAAGGCCUGAAGUUGUUCGUGAUUGUUUUGCGCUCUGCUAAAUUUUUUCUUUGGACAGUCUUUUCAUUGUUUCCAGUCUGAGAAAGUCCAUCCCCGAGGUUCCAGAUGGAAGUAACGCACUAGAAAGUUUGACAGGGGAACUUGGAGAACUCUGGGUUGUCUCAUCCAGAAGCGAUAAGAUGGGCUCUCAGGCUCUUCAGAUAUUGCGGCAGGGAGUGUGGGCCUCUCUGACCGGUGGAUGGUACGUGGACCCUCAUCAGAGUACCUUCUCAAACUGCUUUCAUCUCUACCUCUGGAUAUUCCUCUUGGCCUUCCCAUUUCUUCUGUACAUGGCCCUUCCUGCCAGUUUAGUGGUGGCUGGCGUGUACUGUGCUGUGGUAGCAGUCUUCUUCACGGCCAUAAAAGCGGUGAACUUCCGACUACACACCAUGUUUGACCUGGGUGAGAUUGUGGAGAAGAGGCAGGCCUCAUUCACCACAGACCCAAACAGAGUGGAAGAAGGAGAGGAAGGCUCUGGCGCUCAUGAUGGAAGCCAGCACAGGGACAGUGGUGUCGGUGUGGAAAUGACAGUGUUCCGAAAGGUGAACUCUACCCCUCCUGUACGUUGCAGUUCCCAGCAUUCACUGUUUGGACUGAACCAGGUGUCGGAGUUUUUACCACAGCUUGAAGAUCCCGGAGGUUCAAAGGUUCUAGCACCAUCCUGCUUGGCUGGGGAUUACAGAGGGCUAAUUGGUGUAAGGGAUGUAAUGUCAGGAGGCUUCAGUAAUCUACACCCAACAAACUGUCCUUCCAUCCCACCAUCCCCUUCCAGCCAGGAAGAUGGAGAUGAGAAGGACCUAGUGGACAAUGGGGGUGCAGAUCAGUUAUCUCAACAGAGCCCUGGGGUGGAGGGUUUAGGAGGCUACUCUCCCCUGGGACCUUCGGCAGAAUCUGAGAGCCUGGGAGAUGCUCCUCUCAGCCCACUCAUCAAGAGUAGCUUGAGUGAGGAACUGAGUGAGAACUUGUUGGGUUUAGGCCUGGAUCCAGUCACUUUUGCCCCUGGUGCUGAGCACCCAGGCAGCCGCACCGGGGUGGCAUUAGCUGCAGGCUCUACUGACAGCUGCUUUAGCGGAGGUGGAGCAACCACAGAUAGAGAGACUCUCAGUACGGUUAGUAGCUACCGGAGCGAGAAAACAGACUCAACCCAGCUUGAGAGCCCCUCACUGGGCCAAACACAUAAACCCAUGUCGAAUGCUCCUUCUGCAGCUUUGCCUCAGGGUAAAGACCCCUAUCAGCAGCCUGAAGAUGUGCUGCUGGGUGGAAGUGACACAGAUGACCUGUCAGACAGCGUGCUGCUACGCUCACCCUCCAAAGAGCUUUCAUCUGGGCAGGGCCUGGACAGAACUCUAGUGGAGGGGGAGGAUCUUCCCCCUUUGCCUACAGACAUUGCACAGCCCUCAUUGCAGGACUCUUCACCAUCUAGCAGUGGGCCCUCUGAGACCUGCGAUCUUGACAGUGGCAUCCCUAUUCCCCCUCUUCCUCCUCCACGCCAGGCCAGCUCUGUACCAUCAGGUUUGGCACUGGGCUUGGUCUGCUCAGAGCCUGCUCUGCCAGUCUCUGCCCCGUCCUACCUCCUAGCCGAGCCUCCCUCUCUACAAACGCAGCAGCAAGUGGUGCGACCGAAAGAUCUGAAGCUGCUACGAGCCGGGGGCAGUGUAGGUCACCGGCCGGGUCGCAGGAAAGCUCCCCGCAAACGCGGUGCUGCUGGCAGUAGCAGUUUUGACUGUGGCUCCUACCGCCGGCAUCACAACCGUGGCCAACACAGAGACUACAUCCCUGUACGCAGUCGGCUGGGUGCCAAAGCCUACAGCGAGAGCUUGUUUGAGGACUCCAGCGAUGAAGAUGAUGGCAGCGACAUGAGUGCAGGAUCUAGCCUGGGAUCCCAACGUCACUUCAGCUCUGACGAUGAAGACGAUGAUGAAGAUGAUGACUCAAGCUCCUCUACCUCCUGCUACUCUCCCGAUCUGGCCAAUGCUGGCAUCUCUUCUCAACCUGGCCCCCCUCAGCUGCCAAGCCCUGGAGAAGGAGAGGAGCCUGACACAGUAGGACCCUCCCAUGCUCGCAGUGCUCAGCGCUCAGCCAGUACAGCUAGUGCCAAGACUCAUGCCAGAGUGCUCAGCAUGGAUGGUGCUGGUGGAGGUUCCAACAACACAGGAACUCUUGCAUCUACUAUGUUACCCUUACCCCCUUCUUCCACUCCUGCCCCACGUCCACUCACCAUCUCUAAAUCAGACCUGGAGGCUCGAACAAUGCACUCAGAGGGCUUUUCCAGGGCACACCAUAGGCUUGACUCACUUGGUGGCUCCUGGGCUGGGAACCAGACGGGCUGGAGGGCAGGAGAGCUGCUGGAAGAGGGAGCAGUAGGAGGAGCCCCAGAGGACGGAAGCAAGCAUGACUCUGUUAGCAGUGUAAAGAGGACUCAGGCCAUUCGAAGGCGACACAAUGCUGGUAGUAACCCCACCCCACCCCCUUCCGCCAUGGGCUCUCCUCCUAGUCUUCAGGACCUCCAGAGAGUCCGCACUUCCUCUCACUCUCGCACACGAACGCUCCCCUCUGCUCUGCACUUUGCUGCCUCCUCUCUGCUCCUACUACCUCGUAGUGGAGUUCACGAGGCUUCCACCUUUGAUGACACCUCAGAGGGAGCUGUACACUACUUUUUUGAUGAGAGCGGGGUAAAGAGGUCUUAUACUUUUGGGCCUGCUGGUGGAGGAUAUGAGGACCCAGUCCAGGAGCGAGAGCGACAGUCACAAUCCUCCAGCUUUACAUCCACUGAUGUCCAAGAGGUGGCGCCAGUGCUGUCCAUGCUGCAGCCCAGACCAGUGGUCCUCCAGGGUAUGCAGGUUCGCAGGCUGCCAUUGGAUAUGCCAGAGUUUGACUUAGAUCACGAGUCUCCUCAUGAAUCCCAAGAGAACACGUUGAUGAUUGAGGAAAAGGCCAAGCCUAAACAGUAUUACCGUUUCUGGGUGCUGCCAGGGAAGUGGCUAAGAGUUCGUUAUGACAGGCUAGCAUUGCUAGCUUUACUGGACAGGAACCGACGUGUUGGAGAGAAUGUAUUUGCAGUGGUUUUGGCCAGCUUAGUUGCAUUCCUUGGCUUUCUGAUGCUUCUCCAGGGCUUCUUUAGGGAUAUCUGGGUCUUUCAGUUCUGCCUAGUCAUUGCCAGCUGUCAGUACUCUUUGUUAAAGAGUGUGCAGCCUGAUGCAGCAUCUCCAAUGCAUGGCCAUAACUGGAUCAUUGUGUACAGCCGGCCAGUGUAUUUCUGUCUAUGCUGUGUGCUGAUCUGGGUGUUUGACCUGAUUGGCCACUCGGACAGUUUGCGGCCUUUCACCCUCUAUGGGGUCACCUUCUUUUCUGCACACUUUCUGCUCUGCGCUAGAGACAUGCUCAUAGUGUUCACCCUCUGUUUUCCCAUGAUAUUCCUGUUUGGGCUUCUACCUCAGGUCAACACGUUCCUCAUGUGUUUGCUGGAACAGGUGGACAUGCACAUUUUUGGUGGAACUGCAACCACAAGCCCGCUGUCUUCAGUCUACAGUCUGUUGCGCAGUUUGCUGGUGGCAGCUCUAGUUUAUGGAUUUUGCCUUGGUGCCAUCAAUGCUCCAUGGGGAGAGGCACAUGUCCCAGUGCUGUUCUCUGUGUUCUGUGGCCUCCUCCUGGCCUUGUCUUAUCAUCUGAGCAGGCAGAGCAGCGACCCGACUAUCCUCUGGUCUCUAGUUCGCUCUAAGUUCUUUCCAGAACUGGAGAGCCGAACACCAGAAGAGCCCCCAUUAGAAAUUAAAGACCCUCUCCCAGAGAAAUUGCGCAAUUCUGUGAAAGAGACUCUUCACUCAGACCUGGUCAUGUGUCCUCUUAUGGCCAUUAUCACCUUCGCCAUUAGUGCCAGCACCGUCUUUAUUGCUCUGCAGCCUGCUCUCAGUUUCGUCCUGUACAUUUUGGCUGGGGUGGUGGGGUUUUUCACGCAUUACCUCCUGCCUCAGCUCCGCAAACAGCUUCCCUGGUUCUGCUUGGCCCACCCUGUGUUGCGCUCUCGAGAAUACAGCCAGUUUGAGGUCCGAGAUGCUGCUCAGCUCAUGUGGUUUGAGAAGCUGUACGCUUGGCUGCAGUGUGUGGAGAAGUAUUUCAUCUACCCGGCUGUAGUGCUUAAUUCCCUCACCACUGAAGCUCACACUGUCAGCCAAAACCCUGACAAACCUGGAGCCUAUGGCCGUGCUCUGUUUAUCUCAGUGGCUGGGAUGAAGCUGCUUCGUUCAUCAUUCUGUGUCCCGUCUCACCAGUACGUCACUCUGUGCUUCACCGCCCUCUUCUUUCAGUUCGACUACCCGCGCUUUUCACAGACCUUCCUUGUCGACUACUACUGCAUGUCCAUCCUCUUCAGCAAGCUGUGGGAUCUGCUGUAUAAGCUGCGUUUUGUGCUGACCUACAUUGCGCCUUGGCAAAUCACAUGGGGUUCUGCUUUCCACGCCUUCGCUCAACCAUUCGCCGUUCCCCAUUCAGCCAUGCUGUUUGUGCAAGCUGUGUUUUCAGCUCUCUUUUCCACCCCCCUCAACCCUGUCCUGGGCAGCGCAGUUUUUGUUACUUCUUACACCCGUCCUGUGAAGUUCUGGGAGAGAGACUACAACACCAAACGGGUAGAUCAUUCCAACACGCGUUUGGCCACACAGCUGGACCGCAAUCCUGGUGCUGACGAUAACAACUUGAACUCUAUCUUCUAUGAGCAUCUGACGCGCUCUCUGCAGCACUCUCUGUGUGGCGACCUUUUGUUGGGCCGUUGGGGAAACUACAGCACUGGAGACUGCUUCAUCCUGGCUUCUGACUACCUCAAUGCUCUUGUGCACAUCAUUGAGAUCGGCAACGGCCUGGUCACUUUCCAGCUCAGAGGCCUGGAGUUCAGGGGAACAUAUUGUCAGCAGAGGGAGGUGGAGGCGAUCACAGAAGGGGUGGAGGAAGAUGAAGGCUGCUGCUGCUGUGAGCCCGGUCAUCUCCCCCACAUGCUCUCCUUCAACGCAGCCUUUGGUCAGCGCUGGUUGGCUUGGGAAGUAGCCGCCACCAAAUACGUGCUAGAGGGCUACAGCAUCAGUGACAACAACGCAGCCUCCAUGCUUCAAGUGUUUGACCUGCGCAAGAUCCUCAUCACAUAUUAUGUCAAGAGUAUCAUCUACUAUGUGAGCCGCUCGCCCAAACUAGAGGAAUGGUUGGCCAACGAGACGGUGCAGGAAGCUCUGCGGCCCUGCCUCAACCCUGCCUAUGUGGACAGUGAUCCCACCUUCAACUUAAACAUAGAUGAAGACUAUGACCACCGAGCUUCCGGCAUCACUCCCUCUUCCUUCUGUCUGGUGUACUUGGAGUGGAUAAAAUACUGCAACAGCCGCAGACAAACGCCAGUUGAGAGUGAGAAGGAUUCGCCUCUGGUCACACUGUGUUUUGGGUUGUGUAUUCUGGGCCGUCGUGCUCUGGGUACUGCAUCUCACAGCAUGUCAGCCAGCUUGGAGCCUUUUCUCUAUGGCCUUCACGCCCUAUUUAAGGGUGACUUUCGCAUCACCUCUCCCAGAGACGAGUGGGUUUUUGCAGACAUGGACCUGCUGAACAGGGUGGUAGCUCCAGGUGUCCGGAUGUCCCUCAAACUGCACCAGGAUCACUUCACUUCUCCUGAUGAAUAUGAGGACCCAGUGGUGCUGUACGAUGCCAUCACAGCUAAUGAGGAGAAGAUGCUGAUCUCUCACGAGGGUGAUCCUGUGUGGCGCAGUGCUAUCCUGGCCAACAUGCCUUCUCUGCUCGCUCUCCGCCACGUUAUGGAUGACGGCAGCGACGAGUACAAGAUCAUCAUGCUGAACAAACGCUUUCUUAGCUUCAGAGUCAUCAAGGUGAACCGGGAGUGUGUGCGUGGACUGUGGGCCGGACAGCAGCAGGAGCUGGUCUUCCUGCGGAACCGGAAUCCUGAACGCGGAAGCAUCCAGAACGCCAAGCAAGCUCUAAGGAACAUGAUUAAUUCAUCCUGUGACCAGCCCAUCGGAUACCCCAUCUACGUCUCUCCACUCACCACUUCCUAUGCCGGAGCCCAUGUCCAGCUGCGCUCGGUCUGGGGAGGCCCCAUCAGCCCUCACAACAUUUACACCUGGUUCAUCAGCAGCUGGGACAGGCUUCAGAAAGGUUGCGGUGCUGGAUGUAACAGUGGAGGUAACAUUGAAGAUUCAGAUUGUGGAGGUGGCUCAACCUCCAUCAGUAACAACCCUGCAGCUCAUCCUCCCCAGGGCACAACAUCCGGCAAUCCUCAGUCUCAUCCCACUACUGUACAGCCCUCAAUGGGCACUGACAACCCUGUUGGACCUACCUGGCCGCUGCAUCCCCAGCCUCUUCCACUUGCCCUGCUUAGCCAAUCAGAGGGCAGGAUGGAUGCGGGACUGGUUAGCUCUUUGCAUCGCACCUCUUCCAUCCAUGGGCUAUUAGGGCAACACCUGUCUAGCUCUCAGCUUUCUUUCAGUGGUUCGGUGGCCCUGCCGCCUGCAGACCGCUUCUGCCCCAGCAGCCUGCAGGACAAUCCCGGUCACAGAGCAUCUCAGAGGGGCCUAAGCCUGGGUCAGGGCAGCGGGCUGCCCUAUGAGACUGUGUACAGCAAAUGGAGUCUGUCAGGGAGGAAGGGAUUCAACGGACCUGCUGUAAUGGAAGGGGAUGGCUCAGCAUCACAGAGCAUACGCACACAGCCUUCGCAGCCUCCCCUCCCUGUCCUACCCUCUGAUGUCAGCCCAACACUGAAUCCAGUGGGAGCAGUCGUACCCUCUGAGACCACACCCCUUACAUCAUCAGACCCGCCCAGUGCACGGGAGGAGUCUACAGAGCUGCCUUUACUUGAGCACCUCCGCUGAGCCGGCACAGCACCUGGACAGCUGACCACCCCAUCAUCAUCAUCAUCAUCCAUCAGAGCAAUUCAAGCUGACCUCCUCAACACUUUGAAUGAUCAAAGCAUCAUCACUUAAUUCUACGUAUAUUAGGAUGCAUCUCGCAAAUAUAAACACAUCAGCAGAUACUGAAGCACAGUAGAAAGGAGUGCAGCGUAAGUAAUGAACUCUAAACUGAGCUCUCCUAAGCUUCUUUGGCUUCUGUUUUGGCCUCCAGGCCUUUAAGCCAAAAAAAAAACUAAAUAAGGCCAGUCAGUGCAAUCUUAAGGGAUUUUCUUUAGUCUUUUUUCCUUACAUAAGGAGGGUCAGGUCACUAAAUCAAAGCAAGUCUGUGAUCUGAACCACCAGCAGAAACAAAAAGGGAACUCUCCUCUCCUGUCCUGUCCUUUGUAGCAGCCUUAAACCUUACUCAAGCUUUCCUUUUUUAUCCCCCACGCAUCAAGCUAAACAACCACAUAUUGUGGAUUGUGCAGGAUUUCUCCUUUCAUCCUCCUUUCCGAUCAAAUCCACAUCAGCCGCAGUCCUUGAUAGCUCCAGACACAUUCCAGAAAAGACAUCCGCUUUCAUAUGCAGGCCUUUAGACGACACAACCACGACUCUUCUUCAGCAAGCUUCAGGGAUAAGAUUCGAAUAAACAUACAUGUACACGCUCACAUGCACACCUGGUGCUGCGUAUAUAGUUUACAGCCGGUGAGGAUGGAAGUUUUGGAAGUGUAGGUCUGCUUGCGGUAAGAGAACUCAAGCAGUCUCUAUUUUUAUUUUCCCUCUUCAUACAUCCCACAUUAAAUCAGACUACAUUCUAAAUUGCUCCCAAUUGGAUGGGUGCUGAUUGUGACAUCGUGGGCCGGAGGUGACAUGUGGGCUUCUUGGUUUCCCCGUCAGGCCUUUUCCUGCUGCUGCAAGCGCCUGCAGUUUGUCUCCCUCUACUGCAAUACUACUGCUACUGCACCACCCCUCUACUACUAAUAGAACUAACCAAACUACUGCUUUGACUUCUAAACUCCAGCGUUUUAGUUGGAAGAACUUGAUGGGGGGGGGAAACAAAGAUAUACCAUUUCUUAAGAUGAAGAUAUUUUGAUUUGCUGAUCUCAAAAUGGAUGAAGUGGCUGUUUUUUUUUUUUUGAUAGCUGGACAUUAGCGAACUGUAAACUUUGCCCCCAUUCUUGAAUCCUCCUGAUUGUGACUCGCUGAUUCCCCUAUCUGUAUGUUAUUCAACUGGAAGUUUGAUGUCAUUAUAUAUCUGCUGUUGGGCGGACAUAAGCUCAGACCGCCUGCUGUGGAAAGCAGGGCCACUUACUGCCUCUACGAUAACAAACAUAUCAAGCACUCACAGUUACAAUACAUCACUGACAUCGUCAUGUGUCAGUGGUGAGAAGCUUGAAAUAUCCCGUCAGCUGAAGUGCUUUUCAGAUUCAGAAAGCCAUUCAGUGCUUCUUCACCAUACAGUUUCCUAGCUUAAAAUGAUUGACGUGGCUGAGCUGUGCUCUGGAAGAGGCUUUGGGUUUAACGAUAUGGCUUGAGAGUCAGAAUGUAAAGGCCGCCAUGAGUAAAUGGCACCUUGUUGAAGAGAAGGAUUUUUGCUGGAGAUUUUACACUGGUUUCUUGGAGAUUUCAUGCUGAAUGAUAAUUGAAGGGUUUUUUUCUACUGAGCGGUCCAACUAUAAUCAUUUUACAAUGCUGACACACAAUCAGAACAACGGAUGACUGUUUCCGCCAUGUGAAUAAAAACAAGACUUCUUUCAUUAUUCUGACUUUUUUUUUUUUUCUCGGAACUGUGAGAUGGAAAAAUAAUUCUUAGAUUGCUAUUCUGGCUAUAUAUUGUACAUUUAGGAACUUCUGUCUUGUAUUUUUGCCUUAUUUUUUCAGAAUUGCAACUAUUUCUCACAGUAGCAUUUAGCAUUCAUGCAGUUCUUAAUCUAUUUCUCGGCAAGUUAGAUUUUUGCAAUUUCAAAUUUCCUUUGAAAUACUUUUUUUUUUCCUCAGAAUUGCCUCUUAGGUUCUUACAGUUGAAAGGUGCAAUUUUUGUUUUGCUUUUCAAAGUUCUGCGUUUACAUGUUUCGAGUCUGAAUUUAAUUUAUUUUUUUGGUCAGAAUUUGGUCAGAACUUUGGCUUUUUUUGGGAAUUUUAACUUUUUACAGUUCAGUUUACAUCUUGCAAUACUGACUUGUAGUCUCAAUUUGCAGCUAAUUUUUACAGUUGCAAGGUGAUAGUUUUUGUUGUUGUUGUUUUUUUUUUUUGUUUAUUUGCAUUUCAGACUAUUUCUUCAGAAAUUAAACCGUUUCUUACAAUAGCAAGUUAAUGGGUUUUCUUACAAUCCUGACAAAAGUCAGAAAAACGUAAUUUUUACAACUGAAAUUAAGUUGCUAGUUAAUAUUUUUUGGAAUUCUGUAAAAAUUUUGAUCGGAAUUCUGAGUUUACAUCAUGCAAUUCUGAAUUUUCUUUUCUUACAAUCCAGAAACUGUUUUUUUUUUUUUUUUUUGCAUUUUUUCAGUCCCAUUUUUUUUUUUCUCUUCAUAAUUGCACAUUUUUUUUUGUUGCGGCUUUUUGUCUUGCAGUUACGAUUAUUACAUUUCUCACAAUUUGUCUUGCGGUUCUGACUUUUCUCAGAAUUGCAACUUUAUCUCACAAUUGCAGGGCAAUAGGCUUUCUUACAUUUUCUCAGUUCAUACUACCUUUCUCAGAAUUACAAGAUAACUCACCAAUGCAAGAAAAACUGAGAAUUCUGAGAUUUUUAUUUAUUUUUUUUAUUCCGUGGUGGAAACAAUCUUCCAUAAGAUGGACGAUCCUGCCUGAUCAACAUCAGAUUUCAAAUGCAGUUAGAGUCUCUAUCUUCGUUCAGUGCCAGUAGAGGCAGUUCACAUCCAUUUAAUCAAGCUCACAUGUGCUCACUUAAACCACAGAUUAGAUUUAGAUUUCUAACACUUCUGUGAUGGUGGA